AUGCGAAAGUGUAAGGUUUUCGUUGGAAAUUCUCAUCCCGAGCUGGGAGCUCAGAUUUGCGAGAGGUUAGGUAUCGAACCAGCUCCGUGUAUUUUGAAGAAGUUCGCCAACGGCGAGACUUCUGUGCAAAUCGGCGCAUCAGUGCGUGACGACGACGUGUAUGUGAUUCAGUCCGGAUCGCCAACGGUUAAUGACCAUAUUAUGGAACUUUUGAUCCUUGUAUCUGCUUGCAGGGGAGGUUCUGCCAAAAAAAUCACCGCUGUGAUCCCACAUUUCCCAUACUCGAAGCAAUGCAAGAUGAAGAAGCACAGAGGUGCGAUUACUGCUAGAAUGCUGGCCAAUUUGCUUAUCAUGGCGGGCGCAGACCAUGUGGUUUCGAUGGAUUUGCAUGCUUCACAAAUGCAAGGGUUCUUUUCUAAGCCUGUAGAUAACCUAUAUGGGGGUCCAAGCUUGGCUAGAUGGAUCAAGGAGAACGUCGAAGAUUACCAGGACGCAGUGGUCGUGUCGAAAAAUCCUGGGGGAACUAAGAGGGUCACGGCGCUAGCCGAUACUUUAAAGAUCAAUUUCGCCAUGAUCCACACCGACCGUCGCCGUUCGAAAGAUCUAUAUGCACAAAACAGAGAUCUCAGACAGCUGAGACUGAGGAAGCAAUCUCUUCUGAAGAAGAACAAACCAAUUGUUAGACAGGGCGACGGUCCAGAUAUAGAAGAAAACAUCAUUCUAACAAAUGGUAUACAGACAGCCAGAAUCCGUAAUGGCCAUGUUAUCGACGAUGAAGAGGAAGAAGACGAGGAAGAAGAGGCUAUUCUAGAAUCUGACAGCGAAGCGGGGUCUUUGACCGCCAGCGAUUCGUAUGCUUUAGGUGGUACUUUUAACGCCGAUGACUCGGAUGACGACGAGGGACUCGACGAACAACAACAAGAGAAACUUAUUACGCUGGUGGGGAAUGUGCAUGGACGCUCUGCUAUCAUAUUAGAUGACAUGAUCGACAGACCAGGUUCGUUUGUAAGUGCGGCCGAACAUUUAGUUCAGAACUGCGGAGCUAAGAAGGUUUAUGUCGUAGCAACACAUGGUAUAUUUACCGGUGACUGCCUGGAACAGCUGGAGCAGUCCGACGUUAUUCAUCAGAUCGUCGUCACCAACACAUAUCCUAUCACCAGGGAACGCUUGCAAAAAUCGAAAAAACUGGUGGUCAUCGACGUUUCACCGAUUUUCGCCGAAUCUAUUCGCCGUGACCAUUACGGUGAAAGUAUCUCGGUGCUCUUCGACUCGUUAGGCUCACUUUGA